GCGACGCGCGGCGCGGGCGGCGGAAGUGGGUCAGAGCGGGACUCCGCCGAAGUGGAUCCUCCCACUGCGAAAGAGGCUGUUCGGCGGGGCGCGGGGCGGCGACCGCGGCCUCACUCUGGCCGCAUUCCCUUGGCUCCCGGCGGCGGCGCCAUGGACCAAGCUGUGGGCGACCUGAAACAAGCGCUUCCCUGCGUUGUCGAGUCACCCGCGAUCCAUGUGGAAGUUCUGCAGCGCAGCGAAAGCACUGCAAAAAAAGAAGACAUAAAGCUGAGUGUUUACAAGCUGCUCAACAGGCAUAAUGUUGUGUUUGGAGAUUACACGUGGACUGAGUUUGAUGAGCCUUUUCUGGCAAGAAAUGUUCAGUCUGUGUCUAUUGUUGACACAGAAUUAAAGCUUAAAGACCCUCAGCCCAUUGAUUUGAGUACAUGCACCAUUGCACUUCACAUCUUCCAGUUGAAUGAAGAUGGACCCAGCAGUGAAAAUUUGGAUGAAGAAACAGAAAACAUAAUUGCAGCAAGUCACUGGGUUCUGCCUGCAGCUGAAUUUCACGGGCUUUGGGAUAGCCUCGUGUAUGAUGUGGAGGUCAAAUCACAUCUCCUUGAUUAUGUGAUGACCACCUUACUGUUCUCAGACAAGAAUGUGGACAGCAACCUUAUCACUUGGAACCGGGUGGUGCUGUUGCACGGUCCUCCAGGAACUGGAAAAACAUCCCUUUGUAAGGCAUUAGCCCAGAAACUGACCAUCAGACUGUCAAGCAGGUACCGGUAUGGCCAACUGAUUGAAAUAAACAGCCACAGCCUCUUUUCUAAGUGGUUUUCAGAAAGUGGCAAGUUGGUAACUAAGAUGUUCCAGAAGAUUCAGGACUUGAUUGAUGAUAAAGAAGCUCUGGUGUUUGUGCUGAUCGAUGAGGUGGAGAGUCUUACCGCUGCUCGAAAUGCUUGCAGGGCAGGUGCAGAGCCAUCAGAUGCUAUUCGUGUGGUCAAUGCCGUCUUGACUCAAAUUGAUCAGAUUAAAAGGCAUUCCAAUGUGGUGAUUCUAACCACUUCCAAUAUCACUGAGAAGAUUGACGUGGCUUUUGUGGACAGAGCUGACAUCAAGCAAUACAUUGGCCCCCCCUCUGCAGCAGCCAUCUUCAGAAUCUACCUCUCUUGUUUAGAAGAACUGAUGAAGUGCCAGAUUAUAUAUCCUCGUCAGCAGCUGUUGAACCUUCGAGAGCUGGAAAUGAUUGGCUUCGUUGAAAAUAAUGUGUCAAAGUUGAGCCUCCUUUUGAGUGAAAUUUCAAGGAAGAGUGAGGGUCUCAGUGGCCGGGUCCUGAGGAAACUCCCUUUCCUGGCUCAUGCGCUCUACAUUCAGGCACCCAGCGUCACCAUCGAGGGUUUCCUCCAGGCCCUGUCUCUGGCAGUGGACAAACAGUUUGAGGAAAAAAAGAAGCUUUCAGCUUAGAUCCCAGACAUCCUUAUCUGUGGUUUUCAAUGGACAACUAGUAGGUGAUAACACCUACCUCACAGUGCACAUCAGAGAUUAUUCUAAACAAUGUAGGUCUGCAAGGCAGACAGAUGGGAUGGCGAACUUUGUCAAAAGAAGGAAGGACUGUGUUUGUGUUAUUUUAUAAUGCAUAUUUAAAGGCAAACUCCCUGUCUUUUUCAGUUUUAAAAAAAUAGUUCCAAUUCUGUUUGCAUCUAUGUAAAGACCCAUCUAAAUAUUGAUUCCCAUCCUGACUCUAGCCUGUCAGACACAAGAUGUUAAAAUUUGUUUAAAAUAAAGGGAGCUCAAAACAGCUAUCACAGAACAAGAGGCAUAAUGCUAAAUAAGGAUGCAGUUACAGCACUGAAGGAUAGAUCCUUCGCUCAAGCUAGAAGGGACCAGUUAGCUUCAGUUAGCACAACAUAAUAUCUUGUGCCUCAGUUAGCACAAGAUGUUAUAUAAUGGAUGAGAAAGACAUGUUCCUGUGAUACAGAAAUUGAGCAAAGGAAUGCAGGUGCAGGUGAGGACUUCUUUGAUAGUGAUCAGAUGUCAUGUUCACAGGAACAAAGCAUGCUUUCUACAGCCAAGUGAAGCAGGCAAUGUGUGUCUUGUUUCUCCACUAAUGUUACUCAUAUUUCAAGUGAAAAUGCAUGUUGCCAAAUAUAAGUUAAUAAGUGUUAUACCUCACAGAAUAUCAUGUUUUAUGUCAUCUUGGCAUUAAUGCUUUGUACAUGAAGCUACUUUUAAAAGGAGUGCUGUUUUUUCAUAGAACUUUUUUAAUAUUAAACUUGUUUUCAGAAUGCUUUUAUUUUUAUUCCAAUGUCUACUUCAAAUGCUGAAUUUUACUAAUAAUGAUUGGUGUAUUCACACAACAUUAAAUUGUCUAUGUUCCAAGGAUCUCACAAUACAGUCAUUGACAGGAACAUACCCACUCUGCCAGUCCUAUUUGGGAGCAGUACCCCUGAGACACUGCAGGCCAUGGCUACUGCCUACUCUACUUUACCCUCCUCUGAUUCCUGGGGCUCCCGUGGGUGCUUUGGCUUCACUUUCCUCUGGGAAGCUAGGGCUAGAACUAUGACUAAAGGAGUGGACCAAUUCCUGCUUCUCUCUGCAUCCUUUCUAUCAGUCUGUGCUUUUCAGAGUUUUCAGCUGACCUCUGUUUCAUGAUUCCAUGAUUCCCUGUAUUCCUCUGCUUGGAAUAAAUUUGUCUCUUUUGCUCUGACUAUUCUCAUUCAUGGACUUACAGAAGAAACUUCUAAUCCAUUUUCUUACCUUAGAAGUUAUCUCUAAGAAACUGAAGAGGAAAAAAAAAAAGUUAACAAGAAUUCUACACAAAUUCUUGAAAAAGAAAGUUGUCAGCUAAAAAGAGAACAGCAUAGUCUUGACACAAAAACAGACAUUAGAAAAACAUCAGCAAUUCUCAUGAAUAUAUAUUCAAAACUUUUCACAAAGUAUUAGGAAAUCAAUGGGGAAAAAACAAACAAAAUAAUAACAAAAAUAAACCAAAGCAGGGUUUCCCUGGACUUUUAUUUCUAGGUUUUGGUUUUUGAGACAGGCUCUCAUUGUGUAGGUUUGGUUGUCCUACAACUCAAAAUGUAGACCAGGCUGGCCUCUAAUAGAUCUAUCUUCUGAAUGCUGGGAUUAAAGGCAUGUGCCAUCAUAUUUAGCUUUUUUUUUUAAUGGUUUAUUUAUUUGCAUGCAUGUCUGUAAGAUAUGCACACGUAUAUGGGUGUACAUGCCUGUACAUAGACAUGGUAGCCAGAAGGAAACAUCAGUAUCAUCCUCCUCGAUCCCUUUUUUUUUUUUUUAAGGAAGACUUUUUCCUUAAACCUGAGGCUUGCUUAGGUUAGCUGAAAAAUCCCAGAAAUCUUCCUGUCUCACAGCUGGUGUUACAAUCAUGUCAAGUUUCUUAUGUGGAUAGUAGGAUCUGGACUCUGAUUUUCUUCACUACCUAGUAAGGGUUUUGUUGUUGUUUUUAUUGUUGUUUGUUUGUUUUUAACUUUUUAUUGAGUCUGUGAGUUUCACACCAUGCAUCCCAGUCCCACUUAUAUUCCUGUUUCUUUGUAUCUGCCCUCUGCCCUUGCAACCUCCCCCAAAAGAAAAUAAAAAACAAAAAAAGUAAAACAAAGCAUAGAAAGUCUCUCUUUGUGUAAACUGCAGCGUGUCUCACAGAUUACCCUUUUGCCCAUAUAUCUUCACUUGUAAAUGUUUAUUGCAAUGAGUCAUUGGUAUGGUUCAAGGCCUCUAGCUUCUGCUACACCGUCAGUAUUGGUUCCUCACCAGGACUCCUUUUGAUUAUCCUGUUACCCUGUGUCAUAGAUCCUGCAGCUUUGGAUCAGCAAGACUGACUCUUUCAUGCUCUCCGACAAGAGGUAGAUUUUGAGGUGGGCCAACUCAAAGCCCUGGAUCUGGGCCUGGAUGGUAGCUGAGUUGUCCUUGGGUAUUUCACUGUGUUGCCUAGUGAGAUGGAGGGCCCACUUGCCCAAAUGCUGCAGCCCAUAAGGGACAGGGUCCGCUCUCAUGCUUUUAUUACCUUGGGGCCAGCUCUCCUGACUACCACAGGUGGUGAGGGGAGGGCAUUAACUCUGUGCCCAGGCCACCUCACAUCACACCUUCAGGGCUACCUCAAAUGGUACCCUCACCACCAGGGCCAGUUCUACUGUGCUGACCAGAUGAGGUGCAGGGCCAGCUCUCCCACUCUUGUAGCCUUGGGGCCAGCUCUCAGGUGGCAAGGGGGUAGAGGCCAUCACCCCCACACCUAAGCCACUUUACAGCAUACCACUGACAGGCCCAGCUCUCUCAUACUCACACCCUCAGUGCUGGCUCACCCCACCACUAGGGUCGGCUCUCCAGAGUGCUAUAGCCAGUGAGGGAUGGGGCUGGUUCUACAUGGCCCUUGGACAUCUACGUGGUCCUAGGCUGCUACGCAGACCAGGGAGGUUCACAUAGUCUCUAGUGGUAAUAUCAGCCAUGGACAUCAACACCAACUCCUGCCAUUGUAUGGUCAGGGACCGAGACUUGGUCCUCAGUGACAACAACACAGACUGGAACUUCACCAUGGUCUUGGGUGACGGGCUGUUCCUCUCCACCUUUGCAUCUCUAGUGCCAUCUCCCUUCACAAUGCUCAAACUAUACCACUUCUUUUUCUCUCCUAUCUGUCCACCACAUACUUGCACAUGGUAGUGGCUCCUGCUAUGGGCAGGCCAUGUGGCUCUUGGACCUCCGGGUAACCUCUCUGCCCAUGGGUAAGUGGGCCUCUAGGUAUCUACAGCCUGCCCAAUAGCAUGGUGACAGGAAGGUCUUUGGACUUCUUUCCCCUCCUGCGCUGCAUUGU